AAUUACAACUAAAUACUAGAAAAAAUAUAAUUUAGAUGCACAGUUCCACCUUCAUGAUUACUUACACCUUAUCUUACUAAAACACCUGCGUUUUGGUGGUUGAUGAAACAUGCGUUUUUUAACCGUUGUGACCAGGUUGUGACUUCCUUCUUCCGCUCCACACGAAUGUGGGGCGUCAGUAAUGAGGAGAAGCAGGUGAACGUUUCAUAUUUCAAUAAAUGUUUCUUCACACGCACCCUGGCGUUUACAAACGCUGCACAGUUCAGCAAUUAGUUGAAAAGUGUACGUUUGGUGUGCGGGGUUCAACCUUACGCUUACGUAGAUCCAACAUGGUCUCCUUAUCCACCUUCUCUGCUUUGCGAUCUGUCUUUAUUGUAGUCCUUCUGUUGGGAGGACUAAUUGUCCUGUUUUCAGUGUACUACAGAUCCCUUCCACUACCAAAAUGUCAUCCUUCCCCAAAACAAGCUAAAAAUAAUAUCCAAACGUCAAUGGUAACAACCACAGAAACAACCAAAAAGCCACUUUUGCUGCUGUGGUUUUGGCCUGAAAGUCGAAUGUUUGAUUUGAAAGACUGUGAAAAUAUUUUAAACAUUGACCACUGCGAACUUACGGAUGACAGAUCCAAAUACUCCACAGCUCGUGCAGUUUUAAUAUUCCACAAUGACAUUAAAGAUGACCUGUCUAACCUGCCCAAUUCACCAAGACCCAAAUUCCAACGUUGGAUCUGGUUGAACAUGGACACCCCUCCAAAUACACGCAAGAUACUAGGCAUCGAAUCGCUUUUCAAUUUGACCUCAAGCUACAGGAAGGAUGCUGACAUUCCUGUCCGCUGGCACCUGACCGUCAAGAAGAUUCCAGAUCCAGAAUACAUACCACCAAAGAAAGCACAACUAGUAUGUUGGAUUGUUAAGCGCAGUGACCUUGACACAAAAACAGGGGACAGCUACAGCUUCUACAAAGAGCUUUCUAAGUACCUAAAAGUGGAGAUCUAUGACCCUUCGGAUGAACGAGUGAAGGGUGACGACUACUUCCAAACUGUAGGCAGCUGUAAAUUCUUCCUUUCAUUCGAGGAAUCAGUUCACCGCGAUUAUAUUACUGAAAAAUUUAACGGUCCACUUGCUUCUGGAACUGUGCCGGUAGCUUUAGGUCCAUCUAGAAAGAAUUAUGAGAAGUUUGUCCCAGGUACUUCUUUCAUACAUGUAAACGACUUCCCUGAUGCUUUUUCACUGGCUGAAUUUCUAAUGAAACUGGAUGAAGAUGAUGAGGCGUAUAAAAAGUACUUCAUUUGGAGGCAGUUUUACACAGUGAGGCGUCCCUUCACUGACGAGAAUCGUAAAUUUGCACUUGGUGUUUGUCAAGCCUGUAGCCACAUUGGCCACACCAACGAGUACAGAGUAGUACGCGACCUUUACAAGUGGGUUGCACAGUGAUAGUAGGUAUUUAAAUAACAUACCUCUGUGAGGGUCCUGCUAUUUAAAUGCAAUGUAACGAUUGUCCAAGACUAUCAAAAGUAACAAUAUUUGGGAUUUGGGAUAUAAAACUCAGGGUGGUUUUCACGUGUUUUUUUUAUUGUAUAUAUAACAAUCAUGCAAAACAUAUUUACAAACUGUAACAAGUGUUUGCUGUUGGGAAAUAUUAAUGCCUUGCUCUGUUGCCAUAAUCACUUAGGGUUACUGUUUAAUUUGGUUGUACCUUUGAAGUUCAUGUCUAAUUGCCUUUGCUAGAAUGUCAAUAUUGUCUAAAAUGAAAAAUUUCUUCAAA